AUGAAUCGAGUCCAAGAAGAGCUGAAGAGAUGGAAGAUUGUCGCAGUCGCUGAAACGCCACGCUUUACUCCGAAAGACAUUGCCGCAGCUCGCUGCGACUUGUAUCCGCACAUGAAUCAGGUGGCGGAUCCCAAGAAAACUCGCGUGCCAAAGCACCAUCGGCGUCCAGCCCGGAACUCCCGAUAUUCCGAUGCGGUUCUUUCUCGAAAGCUUGGCACGUGGCCGUUUAUGUUCAUGCUCGUUCUCAAUGGAUUCUUCAUUGCGCUGCUGGUCCAGUGUGUACAGUACGACCUGGAUGACAUUUACGAAGAGUUUGACUCGUGCAUGCUCUGGUGGUGCCCCUACCGUUGUUUCUCAACACGUUUGUGUUCAGCAGCAACUGUUCCGGUACUUGUCAUUAUCUGCAGCAUCGUUCGCGGAUGCGAAUACAAUGGGCGAAGUGGUGUCGCACUCAGCGAGAUUGUGAUUCUGGUCGGAGUUUGCGUCGUCGUUGCUCGACUGUUUGAAGGAACGAGACUACACGAUCAUUGA